ACAACCACUACCCCAACGACAACAACCACUACCCCAACUACAACAACCACUACCCCAAUGACAACAACCACUACCCCAACUACAACGACAACUACCCCAACUACAACAACCACUACCCCAACGACAACAACCACUACCCCAACUACAACAACCACUACACCAACGACAACAACCACUACCUCAACUACAACAACCACUACCCCAACAACAACAACCACUACCCCAACUACAACUACCACUACCCCAUUUACAACAACCACUACCCCAACGACAACAACCACUACCCCAACUACAACAACCACUACCCCAACGACAACAACCACUACCCCAACAACAACAACCACUACCCCAACGACAACAACCACUGCCACAACGACAACAACCACUACCCCAACUACAACAACCACUACGCCAACUACAACAACCACUACCCCAACAACAACAACCACUACCCCAACUACAACAACCACUACCUCAACUACAACAACCACUACCCCAACGACAACAACCACUACACCAACAACAAUAACAACUACCCCAACUACAACAACCACUACCCCAACUACAACAACCACAACCCCAACCACCACGACCCCACACUGCCCCAACAACAACUACUGCCCCAACUACAGCAACCAUUCCCUCAACUACAGCAACCACUGCCCCAGCGGUUGCUUCCACAACCACAACUACCACUGCCACCACAUCUACAACAACCUCGACACAGGCAGCUACAACGACCACUGCCAGUGA